UGUUCUCCGGAAAUGGCAGGUGAAUAAGAAAAUUGCUACCCUCGUCUCCACGAAGUGACAACGUUGGUAUUGUUACGGAACAUGUGCCACCGAUCUCCCUCGACCACGCUGACGGGACUUCUUGGCGCCGAGCAGGACAAAAGAAAUCAUGAUAAAAUUUGCCAUGUCCGAAGGGGAAUUAAGGGGACAUAAAGGGCUGCGACCACUCGCCCCCUGCGUCACUAAAAUUUUGUUCGAUUUUCGAGAAAAAGCACUGACAGCAGAGAACAAAGAAAUUGGGUAUACCCCUCCCUGCCCAUCUUCAAAAAGCUACUUCUUUUUUGUUUGUCGCUUCCCGAUCGCUGAUCCGAUCUCUCUACGCCACAAACGACCACAUGGCUCACUCACAAACCCUCACAGAGCAGCAACACCGCUGGCCCGCCUUGACGCCCCUCGACGGCGUCAAGGCGGCCGCCGCUCCGCAACCAUUGGUGACGACAAAGACGGUGAUUCCCGACAGCGUCGCCGAGCACAGCGACGUGGCGCCGCUGGUGGCCAGGCUGCGCCAAAGAGGCCUGCAGGUGUACAUCACCGACGGGGUCUCGCUCCCGCCCGAGGCGGCCAUGCACGAUCGCGCGGCGCCGAUACCCGCGAUCGUGGUGUCGCCCGUCAGCGAAUACGGCGUGUCCGAGACGCUGCGCCUGCUAAAGGUGGCCGGGCUCUACGGCCGCCUGCCCGUGUCGGUCAAGAGCGGCGGGCACGGCUACUUCAACGGCGCGUCUUGCGACGGCGGCCUCAUGAUCAACCUCGCCGGCAUGACCAAGCGCCGCGUCGCCGGCGACAUCCUGCACAUCGAGCCCGGCUGCGUGCUGGGCCAGACGAUCCACACGCUGGCGACGGCGCACAAGGCGGUACCGCACGGCGACUGCUUCGGCGUGGGGGCGGGCGGGCACUUUCUCACGGCGGGCUGGGACCUCAUCCUGGGCCGCAAGCACGGGCUGGGGUGCCAGUCGGUGGUGGGCGGGAGGAUCGUGCUCUGGGACGGCACCGUGGUCGACGUGAGCGAGGAGUCGCACCCGGAGCUGCUGCACGCCAUGCGGGGCGGGGCGGCGGCGGGCGCGGGGGUGGUGAUCGAGAUCAGGCUGCGGGUGAUGGAGGAGCCGGCGCGGGCGACGUGGCGCUUCACGCGCAUCACGCGGGGGCAGCUCGAGAGGUGCGCGGCGCAGGGGGCGUUUCGGCGGGCGUACGGCCUGCCGCGGGAGGUGUCGGUGUCGUUCCGCUUCCACUUCGAGGCGGACCAGGUGGAGCCGGUGGCGUCGCUCAACGUGGUCAGCCUGCUGUCGGCGGGCGAGACGGUGGCGCUGGUGCGGGAGCACAUGGGGGCCGAGGUGGCGGCGCUGGUGGACGGCGACAUGGCGGCCUGGAGCGAAAAGACGCUGCUGGACCUGCGCAUGCUGCCGGCGUCGGACUUUUUGGCCGCCAACCCGGGCAUGCUGGGCGAGGUGACGGCGACGGCGCUGCACGCCGACCCGCUGCUGUACUGGAAGCCCACGUCGUCGGCGCGCGAGAUGGCGAGCUCCUACUUCACCAGCGUGUCCAACUGGGUGGUGCCCGAGUGCGAGGACGCCCUGCUGCGCAUGUACGACCUGUUCCACUCGGUGCGCCACUCCCCCGCCCGCUCGCGCAUGUACGCCCUCGUCAUCCAGGGCGGCGGCGCCAUGACCGACAUGCAGGCCAGCUGCAGCAUGCCGCUCGGCAGCGCCCUGGCCCGCUUCGAGCUGCACUGGGACGACCCCGACGAGAACGAGCGCUGGUCGCGCCGCUUCACGGACAAGGUGCUGGGCGUCAUGGGCUCCGUGGCCGACCCGUCCGUCUCCCGGCCCUACAGGGGGGACAUUUGGCUGGCAUCGCAGGCCGGGGAUGCCGAGCUGGAUCGGAUAUUCAAGCUGUACGACAGGCGGUUUGCAUGA